UUUCAAAUUUGUCAUCCGUUCUCUCUCCCCUGUUUCCACAACAUCUUCGAAUCGGCGUUAAUUCAACUCAAGCUCUUUCAAUUCCUUGCAAUUAAUGGAUCCUAAACUCACUCAGAUUCCAGCAAAACCCAUUUCCUCUAAACCUAAAUUCACCCGAAAGCCUUCCGAAGCACCCCAAAUCACCGCCCAUCAACCUCAAAUUUCCAGGCAGAAACGAGUUUUUGGAACUGUUAGGAGCUCAAACAUACCGAUUAAACCUGUAGUUAAUGAAAAGCCAUUAACUAAGCCCGUUAUUGGGGGUGUCAAGAAACAACCCAAACCCCGAUUACCUCAAAUCUCGGUCAAUGCUACUGUUGAUCGGAAGAUUAAUGAGAAAUUGAAUCCGAGGCUGAAGAAGAAGAGCCCUGGUAUCCAACAGCAAGUUACGGAAACGGCUGUUAAGGAUCUGCGUGAUGGGGACGACGUUGUGGAGCCUCAGACGCCGGUUGCGAGGCCUCGUUUUUUGAAAUUGAAGAACGGUGGCACGCCUUACCAUACGGCGGAGAAAUGUAGUAACUGCCGUUUUGACAAGAUGGAGACAUCGUCGUAUUGGGUUGCUCAGAUCAAAUUGGCUGAGUCCGUUGGGAAGCAUUUUGUGUCUGCUGAUUUCUUUCGCCUCGCUUAUGUUUGCAAUGCUGAGCCGAUCAGGAACCUCAAAGUCGAACUAAAGCGUUACUUGACUCGGCAUGAACAUCUAUCUAUGAACACUGAGUGGAAAGAUGUGAGUCUUAGCUACGGCUUACUUCAAAACGACACCAAUGGAGCCUCCCCUCACAAUCCUGCCACUGAAAUUUCUGGCAAUGAAAUCAACAAACUUCAAACUGUGACACCAGAAAUCAGUAGCAGUAAACUCGUUAAAGAUGAGAUUGUGGGAACCGAUGUUAGCGAGAUUGGAACAGAGACAACACAGAAAUGGGUAAAUUCUAUGUCUAUCGAACAACUGGGACACAUCCAUCAAUGUUGACAGGUGAAUUUGAUUUUGUAGCCUUAGUUUAUAGCCAUUACUGUGUCUGUGUUGUAUAAAUGAUAUGUAUUGUCUUUUGUGCUUGGCAUUGCCUUUUUCACAUUCUAUUUCUUUGACUACGCUAAUGACAUAAACAUUGGCUAAUGUUCUUCACAUUAUAUUUAUAAUAUAUCAUACGAAUUUGUAUUCUGCUCA